AUGUCGGCCAUGAUAUCGCAGACGCUACAAGGCGCCGUGCUCAGCGCGACGUCGAACGUCCUCGCGCAAGCCAUCGCUGCGUAUAAGAACGACACGACCUUCUCCCUCGACCCAUCCCCGAUCCUGAAAUUCGCGCUAUUCAGCAUAAUCAGCAGCCCGCCCAACAUCCUCUGGCAGUCAUUCCUAGAAGACAUCCUCCCAACAAACGUCCGCGUCGCGCCCUCUGAAAAAAAGAAAAACGCAACACAGCGCUCCACCCUAAACAUCUUCCUCAAAUUCCUCCUCGACCAAACCUUUGGCGCGCUAUUCAAUAACCUCAUGUUUCUGGCCUUCAUGGGGUACACGCUUCAUCUCUCUUCUGGUAGCUCGGCGAGCGCAUACGAAGCCGUGCUGGCUUACAUCAAAACUAAUCUUGUCCCAAUGGCUAUCGAUGGGUAUAAAUUCUGGCCGGCGGUUAGUCUGGCGAGCUUUCUUUGGGUCCCGGUUGACAAGAGAGUUGUGUUUGGGUGUGCGGCGGGCAUGAUUUGGGGGAUUUAUUUGGGGUUGCUUUAUGGGUAG